UUAGGGUAUUCGAUGGCGUAUCGAGUCACGGUCACACUUCAUGCAUUUGGGAGAAAAGUAAAAAAAUAAAUUUAAAAAACAAAGCAACCGCCGCAUUCAAAAUGGAAGUGUGUUAACGACGACGUGCUUUAAGGGGCAAUUUUGCUCGUAUCUACCGAACCCUUAGAUCCUGCGACCUCAGUUUCUGCCCGGAAUGCCCCUCAACGAGGUGGUAACCUCCGGUGCUGGAGUUUAUCCUGAAAAUGGCACCAAGCACAAGGCGCAAGGAAUGUCGAAGCCGGACUCCUCAGCCGGUUCCAACUCUGGCUCGGGAUCGGGACUCUCGCUGUUCUCCCUGCAAGGCCAGAAGUGGCAGCAGGUCUUCGACUUGGACAAGGUCAUUAAGCAGCUGCGCACGGCCGAGAAGACCUAUCUGCGCGGCGGGAAGAACUCCUCCGCCGGCGGAGAUCAGCAGGCGAAGGUGCAGGUGCAGCGCCUCCAGUCGGUGGACAUGGCCUACUACGACCUGGUGCCCAAGCUGGCCAGCCGCGACAUAGUGCUCUGCAGUUCCUGCUCCGGCUGCUAUACCAAGGCAGGGUUCCAGCACCACAUUGCGUUGCAGCAUCCGAGCGUUUGGGAGGCUACGUCCAGCAAGGUCAAUCCGAAUCCCAAUGGAACGGCCGUUUCAAGCGACUCGCGUCUCACUGCCACGGAAAACAGCCAGGAGAGCGGUGCCAUUGUGCCCAGUUCGCCCACGGACACGCUCUCGGCCUCGACGCUCUCCAGCUGCUCGAACGGCUCUAGUAGCUCCGCCUCGCUGCAGCAUCCGGCGGGGGCGGGGUCCUCCUCCAACACCACCACCUCGUCCUCGUCGUCCUCACGUCACAAGAGCAGCAGCAGCAAAAGCAGCAGUUCCUCCUCUUCGAAAGGCAGCAGCAGCACUUCGGCCGGGAGUCGCUCGCGGUCCAAGUCGUCGAAGAACCGCCACCACUCCUCGCCAGCUCCGGCGCCGGCGUUAGAGUCCAAUCACAAGGAAUCCAAGGGUUCCAAGAAAAGUGCGGCCAUAGCGGCUCCUCCGGUUGUUGUUCCCGUUGUCAAAGAGGAACCUUCGGCCACGGCAGCUGUGCAGGCCGCCAUCAAUGUGUUCUCCUCCUCCAGCAACUCAUCCUGCAGUCUACCGCCCACGCCCACGCUGGGAACGGCCUCCAGCGAUGUGGCCCUGGGCGUCAACUACUCACCUGCCCAGCUCCAGGCGGAGGCGGAAAAGCUGCCAGAGGUGCAGCCAAAGAAAAAGCUGAAGGGCUCCAGCGACCAUCGAACAAAAGCGGAAAAGGAGAAGAACAAAGAGAAGACACUGGUAAAUCCCUACGAGCAGCAGCAAGUGCUCAGCGAGCUGGAUCAGGCGGUGUCCUCCAUAACGGGAGCGGUUUCCUGCGAUCAGGUGGCGGCCGACGAGGAAGAACUGCCGCUGCCCAACACCUCCGAUGAGAACUCCAUUUCGCAGACGCUCGACGAAAUGCUGGACAGCAAGCUGAUCAACGAGAUCCUCAACAACUUCGAUGAGAGCGCCCUGGACACAUCGCAGCAGCAGGUGCAGCAGCAAUCGCAGAACGGAUCGCUGCCGCAUCCCACACAGGCCACCAAGAGACUGCGCUUCGAGGACGGAACCAUUGGCGAGGACUAUGCGGUGUACCAGCAACAGCCUGUGCAGCAGGUCUACGGGGAGGAGGAGCACCAGCAGGAACUGACCACCAUCGAUGCCAUACAGCUGCAGCAGUUGAUCUACCAGCAGCAGCAGAUGCUCGAGCAGCAGCAACAGCAGGAGCAGCAGCAGCAACAGCAGGUGGAACAGAAGCUGCAGGACCACGAGCAGCAGCGCCAGUUCAGCGUGUACAACGUGCCAUCCUUGACGGACGAGGCGAUGGGCAAUCCGCAACAGCAGCAGCAGCUGGAGGAGCACAUGAUCCUGCCGAGCAUCAUUUACGAGAUCAACGAGUCGAAUCCCGUGUCCAUGCUUGAGCAGCAGAAGGUCCUGGCCGAGUUUCUAACGCAGGCGGGCUACGAAAACGUGGACGUGAAUGUCCUGCAAUCGUCGGGCCUCCAAACCGGCUUAAGUUCCGGGGUCGAGACCACCAACCACUUGGCCGACGAGCUGGGCGACUUCGAGUUCAGCAAACUGGAGACUGUUAGCGACACCGUAAAGACUGUUAAGCUGGAGGCCAAGGCCGCCAGCCAGCCACCCACAACAAAUCCUCAAAUCAACCAUCAUCCAUCGCUGGCCAAUGCCAAAUACCACGAGGACAGCUACUUCAACGUGAUGCUGUACUCCGGAGCGCCUCGUCCCCUGGCCAUGAACACGUUUGGUAUGGUCAAGUUGCCCCAGGGCUUGGGUGUGACCUUCCGCAAGAACCUGCUCACCACGCGAAAGGCCAACAACAGUUUGUUGUCCCUGACGGGUGGCAAUCACCUGGGCGUCGUUGGCCAGCUGGCUCGUGCACCUCCGCCGCCCUCGCCGGCGUUGAGCAAUGGUCUUCCGGGAAAAAGCGCUGCUUCCGCCAGAACCAUCUACGCCCAGAGAUCAAAUGUCAUUGCCCAGGAUCGACUGAGGUGCAACAAGAGAGCGCUGAUCAGUGGCAAAGUGGGAGGAGCGGCAGCAGGAGCAGGAGCACCGGGAGUCAUGACGGCCAAGCGGUUAAACGAACUGCUGAUGGGCAAAGUCAAGAAGGAGGAGAAGCCACCGCCGGAGGGCGGAGAUGAAGGCGAGCAGCCGUCGCGGGACAAGGAGCGCGAUAAGGAGGAGGACAACAAGCUGACCUUCAGCUUCUACGAGAAGCGACGCCGCCUGCUGGCCGGCAAGCAGGAGCAGCUGCAGUCCUUCGGCCGGCCCAGCUUCACCCUGCCGCUCCAGAGCAACCACAACGCCAGCCAAAGUCAAAGCCACUCGCCGCAGCAACUGCUCAAGAAGCAGCUGCUGCGCACCCUGUCCGACAGCAGCAGCAACAUCAACAUCAGCAACAUGAACAACAUCAGCAACUUGAACAGCAGCAACACUCCCAGCGCCAAUAGCAAUCCUCCCUGGAAGGGGAGCAGUUCCAAUCCGGGAGGCAACUCCACUCCAACCAGCAGCGACUUGAUGCGCGUCUUCGUCUGAUGAGGUCUGAUAUUUGGACGAAGCGGACGCGCGUCCCUAGAAUAUAUGUUUAUACAAUACGAUCGAUUAUGUGCAGCCUCUUCUAUAAAUGCUAAAUUAAUUUUUUAAUAAUUUUUUUAAAUCAAUUCUUCAUUUUUUAAAAGUGAUAAUUAGUUAUCGAUUAGUUGAUUGUAUGUAGUUCUCUGUUUAGUCUAUGGCCUAAGUUAAUUUUAUAAAUUUACAAAUAUAUUUUUUUCGUGGCUAAGCAUUACGCUAAGUACUCGUAAAGCAUUAUUUAUAAACGCUGUAAACUUUUAAAAAUACAAGAGCAUGCCUAAGUUCAAUUCUA